AUGGUGAAACAGGAAGAUGACCCUUUGCCUGCGGUAAAUCAUGAGAGCCUAAAAUUCGAUGAUGACGCCAUUGGAACAGGUCCUCAUCAUGAUCACACAUAUGCCUUCAAGACCCUUGAGAAAGGCAUCAUUUACUUUUUCUAUCGAUCUCGAGUUGAUGUCGGUAGUACUGGCACAUGUGGAGUUAAUGAUGUUGCAAGGACCUUUAUUGUUCUGCGCCCUAGCCCGUGCAAGGAAAUAUUAGAUCAAAAAGAUGCCCUGUACAGAUUUGGCGACAGGUUUCGACUAAUAGUUGUCCCAAAAAAGGUCCUUCCACAAACUCCUUACAUGAGAGAGAUGGGCUUUGUGGAAAAGGCUGGGAUAACCCUGGAAGAACUUCGCGGUUCAUUCAUCGCUGGACUGAAUUAUGAGACCCAGACUCGCGGCACGAGGACUAUACCUGACGCAAGACUGUACGCGAGAGGCGUCUAUUCCAUAACUUCAGCACAACAUGGCUCCUAUCUGAACUAUUUGCUCACGGACCCUGAGCAUAUCGGUCCUGUCCAGACGGACUUUGGCCUUCAAAAGCGAGGAAGGUGGCUUGUGCAAUCAAAGAAUCCAAAUGCUAGCAGUCCCCUAUCCGUCAAUCUUCCUCACAAGCCAAAAUAUCCUAAAAGGUACGUUAUCGAUCUUCACGACGGCAUCACCACUCUCCAUCCCUCCGUACUCAUCAUCCACUGA